AUGGACGGCGACGCCCUCGGCUUCAGGUGCGACCAUCCAGGUUGCACAAAGGCCUUCACAAGAAAGGACCAUUUAAUGCGCCACUCGGCCAACCAUUCGCAGACGUCGUUCAGCUGUUCCAAGUGUUCCCGGGAAUUCAAGCGGUUCGAUCUCCUACAGCGACAUGAGAAACGCAAUAUCUGUGGCGAAGAGGCGGCCAGCGGCUCUGGACGAUCGAGAAAGAAGCGCAGAGUCAGCGAGAGCGAUUCGGAGGAGUGUGCUCCAUCGCUACCCCCUCCCCACCGACAGCCCCCGCCCCCUCCGAUCGAUACCAUGAGCUCAAAUGCCAUCGCCUCGUCAACUAUCGUAUACCCAAACAAUACCGUUUUUGCGCCUGACGGGGGCGCAACCAUACCCAACAACCAGUUUGACCUCAACGCACCACUUCCGUCAGCUAUAGGAAAUCCUAUAGCGGGGAACGAUUUUGUCAUUGGAGAAUUCAUGGGCGACUGGGGGUUUUCACUGUGGGCACCAGAACAAUGGGAGGCGCUGCUCCACGAGUCUCUAGCGCCUACUAACGAACCCAUGAUGGACCUACCGUGGAACAUGCCGGAUAUGGCGCACAUGCCACAGCAAGAGUCGUCGGAAAGGGGGCAAGAUAAGAUGGCGAGUGCGAUGGUUGUCUCGAGAUUACAACGAUCAUAUCCAGAGUUUGAUGUCCCUCUAUCCUGGGUUAUAGAGGCCAUCCAAACGUAUUGGUCCCGUACCGCGCCCACAUUUCCCUUUAUCCACCGCGGGACAUUCGACCUCGCCACCGCGCCCACCGAGCUUGUUAUUAUGAUGGCCAUCGUCGGCUCGGUCCAUAUGUCGCCCCGCCGAAGCUUUCUCUCGCUCGUCUCCAAAAUCCGAGGCAUGCUCGUUCAAGGUUGCGGCCUAGAUAUGCCGGUGACGACGUUGCAGACGUUUUGUCUCUGCCAUGUGCAUGAUACGUGGUAUGGGACGGCGGAGAGUCAAUUCGUAGCGCAGUGUAUGUGGCCCGUCAUGGUGGCACAUUCAAGGAAGAAGGGGAUUGGAGUUGUAGGCAAGACGGAUACGGAGGUGCAUCAAGAAGAAGCUUGGGCGGCGUGGGCGAAAGAAGAAGAACGUCGCCGAGCAGCUUACUGCGUCCUGCUUAUUGACACCCAGCUGUCGGCAUUCUGGAACCAACACUGUUCCCGCCAACUAUCCAUAUUCGCCCACCACCUCACCCUCCCCAGCGACCGCUCCCAAUGGCAAGCCCCCACAGCAUCCGAAUGGUUCCGCCUCCGUAUCCGCCAACCUUCCACCCCACCCACCCCCCGCCGCGCGGCCAACCAACAACGGUCCGGCUACCUGCCGGGGCUGCACCCCGAGUUUCAGGUGUCGACGGUGACGGAUGGAUACUCGUCUGCGAUAUUGGCGUCGCUGGCGCUGGAACCGCUGGCGUUCAAGGCGGAUUUGGACAACUGCCUGACGGUGCAGAUGAUCCUUAUCGGGCUGAUCGCUAUCGCCUGGGAUUGUAGGACGAGGGGCGGGAUGGGGAUUAGGUUCAAGGAGGGGACCAAGCAUUGGAGGUCGAUCGUCUUUCGAUCGGUGGUGGCGCUGAGAGCGGCGUAUGAGCAAGAGGUGGUGAGGAUGGGCGAAGCUAUCGAAUCGAGAGAUUUGAGAGAUUCCUUCGCCAUCUGCAUCAUAUCCAUCCUCUCCGACAUCCCCAUGCUCUGCGUAGCCGCAGGUUCGACCUCGUUUUGCGGCAGCACCAUCGGCCCCCGCCAGUACGCCGACGCCAAGCGCCGUCUCCGCCUUUGGGCCAAAACCGACGACGCUUGGACGUGCGUUUGGCAGUGUGCGCGGUAUCUGAGGCAGUCGCUCUUGAGCGAGUGGGGGCUGUAUACCCCAUGGGCUGUCUUUUUGACUACUUUGGUUUGCUGGGCAUACUCGGAGACGCUCGUCCGAGAGGAACCACCCCUCGCCGUCCAUCAACCCCUACCCCACCUCACCCAACCCGUUAACGGCUCAGCUUACCCACCUUCAACAUCCACCCAAAUAUCACCCAACACAAUGCACAUCUCCCGUCCCCAUACGCUCUCUCACUCUCCGCAUAACGUGACCCACCCUCACCCGGGUGGGAUGAACGGACACAACGGCCAUAACGGGCACAUGCCCCCGCCACCUCCGACGCCUGCUCAGCAAAAUAAAGAGCCCAUCAUUGUCUUUCUUGACAAGAUCCUCUGUCUUCCUGGUAGGAUGGAUGUGCUGGAAGGCGGGGAAAUGGAUAGAUUGAUGGAGUAUGUGGCGAGCGUUCUGGAAGAGGUCAACGGCGGAGGGACGCCCAUUAUGGGAGGGAUGGGUAUCGGAGCCGGAGGGGGACAAGGGACGGGUCGGGAGAAUGGUGCUCUGCUGAGGAGGCUGGUCCGCGGUGGUCGGAAAUGA